AUGGCAACAGUUAAUGAAAAUAUGGGUGGAUUUUUCUUUUUAUAUGGAUUUGGAGGAACAGGAAAAACUUAUAGUUGGAAGACUUUAUCAGCUGCCAUAAGGUCCAAAGGAGAUGUUGUUUUAACAGUUGCAUCUAGCAGGAUUGCAUCUCUUUUAUUACCAGGUGGCCGAACAACACAUUCAAGAUUUGUUAUCCCGCUAAAUAUAACUGAAGAUUCAACAUGCAAUUUAAAACAAGGUACUCCUUUAGCACAUUUGCUAAUCAAGACUAAGUUGAUUAUUUGGGAUGAGGCUCCAAUGAUGCAUAAACAUUGUUUUGAAGCUCUUGAUAAGACUUUAAGAGAUAUUAUUGGCUACAAAGACGCAACUAAGUCAGAAUUACCAUUUGGUGGUAAAACAAUUGUUCUUGGAGGUGACUUUAGACAAAUUCUUCCUGUGAUCCCAAAAGGUAGUCGCCAAGAUAUUGUUAAUGCAACUCUCAACUCUUCAUAUUUAUGGCCCCAUUGUGAAUUAUUAACACUAACAAAGAAUAUGAGGUUGCAAAACAGUGACGCUGAUACUGAUCUAAAAGAGUUGCAAGAGUUUUCUGAUUGGAUAUUGGCAGUUGGGGAUGGUAGUAUUGCUAUUGUGGAAAGUACGUAUCCAGAUUUCAGUACUAAUUGUAAUGAUGUUGGAUACCUACAACAAAGAGCCAUUCUUACUCCUCCUCUUGAUAUGGUGGAAUCAAUCAAUCAAUAUAUGAUCUCCUUGAAUCAUAAUCCUGAGAAAUCAUAUUUGAGUUCUGACAAAAUAUGCAAGUCUAAUCAUACUUAUUCAGCUUUGGAACAUGUCCACACCCCAGAUUUUUUGAACACUAUUAAAUGUUCUGGAGUUCCAAAUCAUUCAAUCACUUUAAAAGUUGGAGUACCAGUGAUGUUACUAAGAAAUAUUGAUCAGGCAGCAGGACUAUGUAACGGCACUAGGUUGAUUGUUACUAAACUUGGAAAUCAAGUAAUUGAAGCAAAGGUUUUAUCUGGACAGAUGGCUGGACAGAAGGUAUUUAUUCCAAGAAUAAAUUUAACACCUUCAGAUGCUAGAAUCCCAUUUAAGUUUCAAAGAAGACAGUUUCCUAUAACUGUAUCAUUUGCCAUGACAAUCAACAAGAGCCAAGGACAGUCUUUAUCUCAUGUUGGAUUAUUUUUGAAGAAACCAGUGUUUACCCAUGGACAACUUUAUGUAGCUGUUUCUAGAGUAACAAGUAGAAAGGGAUUAAAAAAUACUGAGUUACAAUGA